UAUCCCAUUUGGCCCCUAUCACGAACUCGGAUGAAUUUUGUUGACCCGAGCAAGGUAGCAAAGCAAGCCGAAACGGCAACGAGGUCACGUCCGCUGCAUCUAGAGGCGAUGAGUUCCCUGCACUCCAAAUUUGACGCCUUCAAAUGCACCAAAAGUCCAAAACUACACGAUUCUCCCCUCCCAACCCUCCUUGUUCUCACCAAUCGAACCCACGGAAGAUUCGCCUCCUGUCCCUUACUCCAGUUCUAGGUUCUUGGACUUUGGAGCCGCUCCAAAGUCCAAACCUUCAAAGUCUGAUCUUUCCCUUUCCCGCAAAGAGAGAAAAAAAAAUCGGUCUUUGCCGAUCUCUUUGGGGUUUAGUACCGGCGAGUGGUGACUUGUGCUCGAGAGGCGGCUCCGUGGCUGCAGGAGGCUCGUAAUCGGUUCUAUGACUUGAGGGGUUGAGGUUUUAGGGCUCAAUCGGGUCCCCAAGUGCGUCUGCGGUGAGCUAGAUCGGAAAGGAGGCGUCUUGGAGGCAGCUACUGGAAUCUACAGCGCUCAAUUGAAGGCUACCUGAGAGGAUUGGAAAUUUGGGAUUCUCUCUCUAGGAGCGGGGGAUGUGAAAGAUCUCAUUAGUGUGGGCAGGUACCCAUUACUCACAGUGCAAAUGGGGGUGAGCGAGUGGCCAAGGAUGACAGGAACUCAAGAACAAGUGGAAACAAAGGCGUAAAACACCAAAGGUAUCUGUACCAAGGUGUCUCCUACAAGAGACGCGAGAAAGGAGCUUGUUGCUUAAGCUACGGAGAGAAGGGAGGAGAGAUGGUGAAGAAGCUGAAGGAACUGUAUGGCAAGGAUGCACGGGAGUUCUUUAACCAGGUCAUGGUGGAGCAGCCCUUGUUGCCCUUCCUGAUCCCACUCGGCCUGUUUGUGUGGUUCGUUGAACGAUGGGUUGUGCCAUUCUCGAACUGGGUUCCCCUCGCUGCUGCCGUUUGGGCAACCAUUCAGUAUGGGAGGUUUAAAAGGAGGACAGCUGUAGAAGAUUUGAACAAAAGAUGGAAGCAUCUUAUACUGAAUACAACACCAACCACACCAAUAGAGCCUUGUGAGUGGUUGAACAAACUUUUGUUACAAGUUUGGCCCAAUUACAUGGAACCAAAACUAUCAAGAAGGUUUCAAUCUACUGUUGAGAGACGUUUAAAGAAUCGAAAACCAAAACUAAUAGAUAAAAUAGAAUUACAGGAAUUCUCACUUGGUUCUUGUCCACCUACCUUGGGAGAUCAGGGGAUGCGCUGGAUCACUUCUGGUGACCAGCAAGUCAUGUGCUUGGGAUUUGAUUGGAAUAGCCAUGAGAUGAGUGUAAUGUUUUUGGCGAAAUUAGCAAAGCCACUGAUUGGCACUUGUCGCAUUGUUAUCAACAGCAUUCACAUCAAGGGAGAUCUUCUACUAUCACCCAUACUUGAUGGUGAAGCUAUUCUCUAUUCUUUUGAAUCUACCCCAGAAGUCAGGAUUGGGGUAGCAUUUGGGAGUGGUGGAAGCCAAGCAAUUCCUGGUAUGGAGUUGCCAGGUGUCUCGACAUGGCUGGUAAAGCUUUUGACUGAAACCAUAGUGAAGACAAUGGUUGAACCUCGUCGCCUAUGUUUUUCUUUGCCAUCAGUAGAUUUAGGGAAACGAGCAGUUGGAGGUGUUCUUUCAGUUACUGUUGUUUCAGCUAGUAACCUUGGUAAAAGGAGCACAGCUAUUGAGUUAGGGAACCACCAAAGCUCAAGUGGAGGAACCAUGUCUGGAAUUGCUGAUAACAAGGUAUCACAGACAUUUGUUGAGCUAGAAGUUGGCAGUUUGAUGAGAAAAACAAGUACCUGUAAGGGUCCAAAUCCUACAUGGAACAGCACAUUUAACAUGGUACUGCAUGGAGAGACAGGUGUUGUCAAGUUUCUUCUGUAUGAAUUGGAUUCUGGUGGUGUCAAAUUUAAUUACUUGACAGGAUGUGAGAUAAAGGUCAAGUAUGUUCAUGAUGGUUCAACAAUGUUUUGGGCUAUAGGGCAUAACUCUGGCGUCGUCGCAAAACAUACUGAGCAUUGCGGACAAGAAGUUGGAAUGGUUGUUCCAUUUGAGGGUAUUCAGGGCGAGUUAACUGUUAGCCUUGUGCUAAAAGAAUGGCAGUUCUCUGAUGGGUCGGUUACAUUGAGCAAUUCUCCGAGCAAUGGACUUCAAUCCCCACUUGAUGGAUCACCAAGGUCUCAGUCCAGAACAGGAAGGAAGCUUAGGGUCAAAGUAGUUGAGGGUAGGGCCCUCACAGCGAAUAGUAGAUCUGCAAAAUGUGAUCCUUAUGUGAAACUUCAUUACGGAAAGGCUAUAUACCGAACGAAAACGCUAUCCCAUACAGUUCGACCAGUUUGGAAUGACAAGUUUGAGUUCGAUGAGAUUGUUGGUGGUGAAUAUCUAAAGAUCAAAUGCUACAGUGCAGAUAUAUUUGGUGAUGAAAGCAUUGGUAGUGCAAGAGUUAAUUUAGAGGGACUCUUAGAUGGUGCUAGCCGUGAUGUCUGGGUCCCACUUGAAAAAGUAAAUUCGGGAGAGAUCAGGCUUGAAAUAGAGCCAAUAAAGAAUGAUCACAACAAUAGCAUGCAGAGCUCAAGUAGUAUAGUUGAAUCUGGUUGGAUUGAGCUAGUUAUAAUUGAAGCCAGAGAUCUUGUUGCUGCCGAUCUGAGAGGCACUAGUGAUCCUUAUGUCAGGGUGCAAUAUGGGAACAGGAAGAAACGAACCAAGGUCAUUUACAAAACACUCUCCCCGCAGUGGAACCAGACAUUUGAGUUCCCAGAAACUGGAGAACCCCUGACUUUGCAUGUCAAGGACCACAACGCGGUCCUUCCAACCGCUAGUAUUGGCCAUUGCACUGUCGAAUACAGCAUGCUCUCUCGAAAUCAAUCUGCCAAGAAAUGGAUACCGCUCCAAGGAGUAAGAAGCGGAGAAAUCUAUGUAAAAAUUGCACGAAGAGUUCCCGACUUGCAAAAGAAAACCACGCUAGGGACAGAUGCAUCUGGCGAAGGACACAAGAUAUCAACACAGAUGAGAGACAGCUUGAAGAAAUUUACAGGCUUGAUUGAUGAGGGCGGUGACCCAGAGGCCCUGUCGUUAGCCGUGACAGAGAUGGAAGGGAUCCAGGGCGAGCAGGAACUGUACAUAGAUCAGCUCGAGCGGGAGAAGGCAAUGCUUUUGCACAAAACUCAUGAGCUUGGUUCUGAAAUCAUUAGAACGUCAUCUGGCCCUCCAAAGACGCCAUACUAGUUAGACCAACAAAUGUACUCCACUGAACACGAUAGUAUCCGCAAAUCGCAACUAUAUUUAUGGGCAAAGACCUGAUCCUACAUAGAUCUAUAUAUACUUCUACAGAUACCAGUGAGCGGUAACUUGUAAGUAGCCAGAUGGGUAGAUAACCUUAGGUGCAUUUGUAAUGGAAAAGAGAACAUAUAAGUUGAUUAUUUGAUUUUUGAGCAAACCAAGAAAUCAAUGACAAAUACAUCACUUCUUUAACUA